UAGGUGAUCAAUGAUCAUUGUUGACAGCACACAGUGCACAACAACGAAAUGUGCCCUCUGCAUUUAACCCAUAUGUGACAUAGCAGGGGGCAGCUAAUUCAGCGCCCGGGGAGCAGUGCUUGGGGGCGGGACCUUGCUCAGGGUACCUCAGUGGUGCCUUGGUGGUUGAGGAUUCGAACCAGCAAUCUUUCAAUGUAAUACACAGUGUAUUGUGCUUAUAUUUAAUGUAUAUAUAGGUAUAUAUAGUAUGUGUUAUAUGAUAAUGCAAGCAUACAUAUACUUGUUUUGCAUUGGACUGGGUUUAAAGCACCUCUGUUACAGAGACUUUUGAUUUUGUAAGUAAAAUGAGGGAGGAAGCUUCUGCGAGGGCUUGGUUUCACUUUCACUAGUCUUACACGUCAUGGGGUCUUUUGGGGGACUUUGCUGGGGGGGGGAUUUUCCGUUAUUCAGGGGCUUGUGGAAGGACCGCUGUCUUGCAGCCUCCUCCCUCUGCGCUGGGGGGGCGGGCAGAUAAAGGCGUGCUCUGUUCUCCCCGCUCGCUCAGUGUUUUGCCGCGGAGUGGGUCGCCUAGGCAGGAGAGUGUCGCUAUUGACAUUGUCCGUUUAUCUAGAUCUUACCUAUAGAUUUGCUUCAGUCCAGUACAUUCCUGAAGAAGAUAUUUAGGAUUAUUAAGCUUGUAUGAAGACAUCAGGUAAGAAUGGAUUCUCAUUUGACUCUCAGUACUUUAUUCUUUUGCCUGAAUUUUAAUGGUCAUUGUAUUUAGCACUAGUUUUGUUGCCCCGUUGUUGUAUUUUUCGCCUAAACAUGCCCUCUCCCUUUCCUGCCCUCUCAGUGAGGAUGCUGUCCUCCGAGCUGCGCAACCCGGCCAGCCGGUUCCGCCUGGCCCAGUCUGCCAUUGGCCUGGCAGGUUGUGGCUGUGUGAUGUAUGCCGUGUGGAUGCCCCGUUGGUUUGGCGACCGGGGAUUGUGGGAGAAGGUCAAUGACACAAAGAGGGACACUGAUGAUGUUGGAGUCACCCCCACUGGUGAGGUGGAGUAUGUCUUCGCUAUCCUGUCUUUCCUGAUGGGUCUGAGUUCGGGGGUGCUGUGCCUCACCUUCGCCUUCUGCUGGACGUCGCAGACAGUACGCUCCUAUUCCAACACCCGGUCCCUGCUAAUGGUGGGACAGAUGCUCUACCCCACCACGCUGCUGCUCAUCACGUUGGCAUGCACAGGGUUUUUCUUCCUGCUGUGCUGGUCGUUCUUCACCUACCAGAAAUGGGGAGACAUCAGCGCCAACCCUAGCCAGUUGGGUUCCUCCUAUUGGCUGGGAGCAAUGGGGUUGAUCCUGCUCUUGGUUGUGCUGCCAGUGGUGUUCGUAGCGGAGCAGUGCAUAGUUCCAGAUCCUUUGGCGGAGCUGAAGAACUCGGCAGAAACGUGGUGGAUCACGGUCCCUACGAGCUACAGCGAACACUCCUUAAAUGACAGCAGUAACCAAGAAGGGGAGGACUUUCUCAGGGGGCAGACGAGGUACAUGCCAUUCCCCUGAGUGCCCCCUCAGGGAUGUGUGACUGAAAAAAGCAUGGAAUCCAAAUAUCUGUACUGGUGCUAAAACAUCAGGGUCUGAUCUGAAGCGGGGGGGUCAGGAAUGAUAAAUGGCCAAGAGUCUCUGUGAGAAUUAAACUGGCUUUGCCACCAUAUGGGCAGAGAUUCAAGUUGCAGGAGGCAUGUUCUUAGGAGAUUCUAGGGACUUUGGUGGCCCUAGGCAAAACACCCCCUCCCCCAGCGAUGUACUAUGUAAUCGCCCACCCUCGGGGGCCCGCUCCCAACUCGGGGACCCCGGCCUCUUCCUGCCCUGUCUGGCCUGUCACUCUGCCUCUGGGCAUGUCUAUACUCUAAAGUAAGAAACCUAUCCUGAAUUUCAGUAAAAUUGUCUUGAUCUUUAUAGGACUUAUUUUUGACAAUGUUGAACUUUAAAGUUAGAGACUGACAGAAUUUGUACUCUGAGUUCUGGAACUGUUCUUAUUCAGGCACAAGACUAAAAACCCUUAAUGUGGUGCUAUUGGAUUGCAGGUCUGUGAAAACCGAUGUAGACCUAUGAAAUGGGAAAUGAAAUUGUGUUGGAUUUGCUGGGUAUUUUCUGGGGAAUUUUUUUCUGAUGAAUGUCACAGUCAUUAAUUACUUCCACUUUUCAUGAACUUUCUGUCUGUAUGUUUACACUCCACUGUACACUACAAGUGACACCAACAGUGAACUGUCCAUUCAAGGUGUCAGUGUUAUAUGUCUGAGCAAAUAAAGCUAAAUUACAGUUUCUACAA